AUGGAGGGAGCAGAUGCAAAAAAAGGCCAAGUUUACUCGGCAAGAGCUGAUAGUCAUCCUCAAUGUUCUUCCAUGGAGCCAAAUGAAUCUCUUAAGCGAUUUCAGUCUGUUUCAAUCUUCCUACCUGUUUCUGAUUCUGCUGCAGAUAUCUAUCAAUCCCAAAAGCUUGUCUUUGAUGAUAAAACAGGGAGAGGAAUUGGCAUUAACGGCCAAGAAAGCAUUCCAGAGAAUUCUGAUUUGAAAAAUGGGGAUUCAAACAACACUGCACCAACAAAAAAUUUCAGAAACUUUUUAAAACGCAUGUGUUCCAGUGUCUCUGCUGCAAGUAGAUUUGCCAAUUGGCAACCGCAUGAAACUUUCAAAGACACGAGCUAUGAUGCCUUCAAGAAAAUGUCAGGAAAAUUAGAGAGGCAGUUCUCAAAUUUUCGCGGGAAGCCAAUUGAGCCUCCUAAUGUCAUCAACGAUUCACAAGACACAGAAACAGAAUCUUUGCCAGCAUUGGAUCGUUACUUGGACGCCUUAGAAGGACCAGAAUUAGACACUCUGAGAGAAUCAGAGGAGCUUGUUCUUCCUAAUGACAAGACAUGGCCUUUUCUACUUCGAUUUCCGAUAUCCACUUUCGGUAUAUGCCUUGGUGUGGGAAGCCAAGCCAUGCUAUGGAAAGCACUGGCUUUAUCUCCCUCAAUGAGCUUUAUGAAUAUAAGCCCAACCAUCAAUAUUGUCCUGUGGUGCAUCUCAAUUGGCGUAUUUAGCUUGGUGGCCUCAAUAUAUCUUCUUAAGAUCAUAUUUUACUUUGCAGCAGUAAAAAGAGAGUACUACCAUCCUGUGAGAAUCAACUUCUUUUUUGCUCCAUGGGUAGCUUGUCUAUUUUUCGCAAUUGGUUUGCCCCCGCAAGUUGGGAAAAGCAUACCUGAUAUCUUAUGGUAUGUGCUCAUGGUCCCAAUACUCUGCCUUGAUCUGAAGAUGUAUGGCCAGUGGAUGCUCGGAGGUGAACAAAGGCUUUCGAAGGUGGCUAAUCCUUCAAAUCAUUUGGCCGUGGUCGGAAACUUUGUUGGUGCAUUGUUAGGGGCAAAUAUAGGACUUAAAGAAGGUCCUAUAUUUUUCUUUGCAGUUGGUUUGGCGCAUUACACUGUGCUAUUUGUCACUUUGUAUCAGAGGCUUCCAACAAAUGACACUCUGCCAAAGGAUCUUCAUCCAGUCUUCUUCUUAUUCAUAGCUGCACCUAGUGUUGCUUGCACUGCAUGGGCUAAAAUUUCUGGUGAAUUUGGUAUUGGUGCAAGAAUCCCUUACUUCGUCGCCAUGUUCCUAUAUUCUUCCCUUGCUGUUCGAGUUAGUUUCUUCAGAGGAUUUAGGUUUUCAUUAGCAUGGUGGGCAUACACGUUUCCAAUGGCUGGAUCUGCGAUUGCAACAAUAAGAUAUGCAGAUCAAGUCAAUAAUUAUAGUUCAAAAGCUCUCCUUCCCCUCUCAACAGUCUCUACCUUGACUGUAUCGAUUCUUCUUCUUAAUACAAUCAUCCAUGCCUUUGUGUUCAAAAACCUCUUCCCAAAUGACAUUGCCAUUGCAAUAUCAAAUAAGAAAUCAAAAUCAAAGAAAUCGCACGAACCCUGCUCGCGAACACUAGCCGUCGCGCGUCCCCAGCCCGAGCUCGAAGCCCAGAGGCCGCCGCUGCUCGCCGUCAAACGUCGGCGUCACUUCCUCCAGCCGCCGACCACCUUAUCCAUCCAAGCACCUCCUCCAAAUAGCUGGUCAGGCAGCGCCACCUCCUCCUCUCAGCCAGCCGGACGUGCGGCCUCCCCUUCUCGUCGGCGACGUCCCAGCGACCUCCUUACACUUCGACGUCGACUUUUCACCGACCUCAGCUUUUCCCUCACCAAUCCGAGCUCUCCCUCGCCGGCAUGCUCUCUCAUUUUGAGUUUCCCCUUUGCCGGCCAAGCCGUCUCUUCGGCCCCUCUCCCGCCGACAAGGCUUCCUCUACCGACGAAACCUCGGACAGCAAGGUUUCUGUCGUCGCCUCCUUCGCGCACAAGAUCGAGGGCAGAGCACCAUCCUCUCUCUUGGAUUUCUUUGUGUGUUCCACUGGAAAGCUCCGUCGCCGAAGCACCUUGUCGGCUCUCAUUCCUCGGUGGUUAG